AAAAGAACAUGUACGUAUAUCAAGCAACAAAACAAAACACUCAGAUGUAGAAAAGAAAAAAAAACGAAACGAAAACAACAAUGAAGCAAGAAAGCGUGCGUAAAUAGAACGAGGCCCAGUAAGCAAGAAGAAAAAAGGAAGGAGAAAAAAAAAGAAAUUUGAAAAAAAAAAUGACAAAGCAACACAAAAAAACGGCAAAAUUGCAACAGCAAACAAACAAGGCAAAGUAGUAGUUCAAAUUGGAUAAGCAUAUUCCUACUUAUAGUUGUAUUGUUAUGCAUGAAAUUGUAAAGAGACAGAGAGAGAAAGGUAGAAAGAGGAAUAGUGCAUUCUUACACCUGCUCUUUGGAAACAUUGGUUUAGGAGAGGGGAGCAGCAACACAUCACCGAUAGAUUUAUUCCUGUAACAUGGAAGAGUAAUUAGUACUGUAAGUGUAAAUGCAUUGUGCAUGUGUGGUGUUUUCAUAUAGCGCGCAAAAAACACACACACACACGUACACAAAAUAAGGGAAAAAGAAUGCGUAGAAAUGCCGUACAAGCAACAAGCAUGCAUGAUAUGUGCAGCCUUGUGGAGGAAGGAAGAUGCAUUUGUUUCCACGGCAGCAGCAGCAGCAGCAGCAGCAUCAUCACAGUGUCCGUCUGUUGCGUGCUGAUGUUAGCAAUGAAGCCAGCGUAGUGUACUAGAUUGCGCCACAGGAACGUGGUUUAGGCAUGCGCGUUGUUGCUGCUCCUAGUAGCGUAUUAGUAGCAAACUGCACGCGUUGUUCUCGUUUUAGUUUUCAACAGCUUUGCAAAGCAACAACAACAACAUGAUUUGUCUGUCUGACUGAGUUCCGGCAAAUCCUUUUCGCCGCGAUGGCGCCUCUCGUUAAGGGUUUAAUUAUUAUUAUUUUAAACAAUUUCUUAGAACCCUCCAAAAGCGUGUACAUGAACUGAACAAGAGAGAGACAGAGAAAGAGAGAGCAGUGGAAGUUUUAUGAAUUAGUUUUACUUUAUCAUAUCAUAUCAAUCUUUUUUUUUUGCCGCAUUCACUGCCCGGCGGGUCUCGCCCAUCGGUCCCCGGUGUCUGCCGGUGUGAGUGGAAACCUAUUUUAUGCUUAUUUUAUUACAAGUUUUAUGCUAACUUAUACAAAACUGUGUAGGAUUAGUUGUGUAUGGUUUGAGCAGCAUCUUUAUCAUUAUUGCACCCCAUACUGUAGAUGAAGCAAAAAAAAAAAAACUCGCGAACCCCCAACACACGGUGUUUUAUACUAGUUACUCAGUGGUAGUACUUUCUUCCGAUGUUUGCGCCUUCCCCUCCCCCCGAACCGCCAAUCAUUAUCACGCCACGUGGCAUUCACGUGCUAUUGGAAAGUAUUUUCGGCUACCAAUUACUACUAUACCAUGUUUUUUUGUUUAUUUAAUUGUAUCACGCCAGGUUUAGUCUUAUCCGAUUUUUUUUAAAUAUGUUGCCCCGCCUUCCUUCAUGCGCGUUCUUCGCGACAACCGCUUCCUAAAAUAAAAGCGACGGCCAACACUGAGACACGUUGCAGGUGCAAUUAGCUUACGUUUAUUGUUUUUUUUUACGCACUUUGCUCCGAAUCGAUGGUGGUGUGAAUGCAAAAGCAAGCAAACUAACGAUGAUGAUGAUGAUGAUGAUGCAAAGGGAAAGGAUUAUUCUAUAGUAUGCGUAAUAGAGUAGAGAGAGCGAGAGAAAGCUAGAGCAAGUAAAUGAUGAAUGAUGAUUAUGACACAUCCUCCUAGAGCAGCCCGCCCAUAUGUAAUGAUUGUGAAGAAAAGUAAAACAAAACAAAACAAAAAACAAAGGUCCGUAUGGAUCCGUUUUUGCCGCUUUGUAAUAACUCGAAACAAAACUUAGUUUAUCCGUUAAAGCAAACAAAAAUACCACACAUGUAAGAAGCAUACAUGCAAAUACAAGCAAACCGAAUGUAACAGUCGAAUUAGUGCAACUAGUAAAACAAACCCCCAUUACAUCUAUCUACAAUCAGAUCAAAUCACAAUGCAAACACAAACACACUCACACCUGCACUACUGCAAACACUGCUGCAGGCGUGGAGAAAAUUUCAUAAGCAUCAUUAAUUUAUUAUUAUAUUUAUUAUUGUACUUGUAAUAAGAUAUUUAACCGAUACCCCUCACCCACCCCACAUAUGGCGCAAAAAUACACACUAGAGGGGGGAAACAAGAGAUAAAAGGCAAGCGAAGGAAAGCGCACGUAACGCAAAAAAAAAAACGCACGGCAGUGUUAACAAUUGUGGCGUCUCAGCACAUUGGGGCAAAGAAGGGACUCACUCUGCGAGCGUCAUAGAGAAAAGAGGGAGAGAGAAACAACAAACAGUGAACACACAACUAAAUGAUCCAAAACGGUUAGAACAAAAUAGGAAUGUAAAGAAAAAUGAUAGAAUGGCAAAGUUGGAAUGGGAAAUUAAAGUAAAAUAAAUAUAAGAUUUAGAGAUUUAAUUAUUCGCGUUUGCGGUGUUUUUUUUUUUUUUGUAUUGACAUUGUUUCUACAUGUAUGGCCAUGACCGGGCAGAUUCGCGAUUCAGUUCUUGACCGAAGGAAGAUCCAGAAACUUGUUCUCGAAUUGCAAAAAAGUCCAGUAUCAGUUCUAGCAAUGGUUUCGUUUGAGGAUCCAUUUUAGAAUCUGUAUGGGGACUGAUACACUUGAGACACGUUCCCUACACAGAACAACUUUUUUCAUACAAAACGGGCAAAAUUUGGUUGGAAUAGUUUUGAGAGGCUUUGGCUCCUGUGGAGUUCUUUCGCCUCAAGGUAAAAUUUAGUUCCUGCUCCCACCUUGUGAUGCAGAACAGGCACAAGGUAAUUCAGCUGGGAGUCACUCACUUUUGAUGAGUGCCCCUAUCAUUUUCAGUGAGAGCAAAAGACGUAGAUUUUCAUAUCGAUUUGCUCUCUCCCUUCUGCUAAUGAAGGUAUAGGAAACGUAUGAGAUAACGAUUAUGUUCCAGAAAUGAUAUCAACUCCAGGAUUAGUAUGGAUAGUAGUGACAGGGUUAGUUCCAGGGCAGAUUAGGACCGAUAUUAAUUCGGGAACAGUUUCAGGACCAAUAUGGGUUCAGGAUCACUCCCAAAACCGGUAUGGGUUUAGAAUUAGUUUCACUUCCUGUAAUGGAUCAGCAUUAGUCUCUUUGGAUGUGCCCUAUGUAUUGCAGGGGCACUUAGCAAUUCAGUUAAAAAAAACCUUUUCCAAAAUUCACAAUUCAUUACAUUACACAUCCAAGUUUUUUUGCGUUGCCCUGUAACCAGGUCAAAUCAACUAGUGAAAAUAAAACUUGCUGGUAAAGGUAGAAACAAAAUUUAAACUGAUUACAUCUUGGGCCCACACUUCGGUGCUACAUUUAAGUCCUGGAUCUCAGAACUGAUGAACCGUGAACUAUCCCAACCCGGGAACUGAUUCCAAAGCGAACCCGUCGUUGAAAGGCAUUCCGAAUCAAUCCGAAUCCUGAAUCAAAUCUGAAUCUAAUGUUGAAAUUGAUCACGAAUCUAUCUUAGUCUAGCACCUGAGGGCCGAAGGAACUAGAUCUGAAACAGAACUUAAGCUUCAUGAGUCAAUAACUUACCAUUACAAGCGAAUUUUAAAGAGAAAGAUAUCUAAUAUGUAAAUUUUUAGUCGCAAUCAUUAAAAAUGCUAUGGUGGAAUUCCGUUUGUCCGGGUGUUUGUUAAUCCGGGGCACGAAAUGACAGCUCAUGUUUAUCGUAACUCGGAGUAUGAUGUAAUUUUAUCACGAACAAAAACACAAAAAUUCUUCAUACCCAAUUCUUGCAUAAUCCUAUCGUAAACAUUAAAGAUAAACUCAUAACGCGUUCAUAAUUACUUUAUUUCCGAUGCUCUUUAUGCUCACACUUUCUGCUUCGGGUUUGACAGCCCUGCAACCCUAUAUGUACCUUGGCAACAGCUUGUUACCGCGAUGACGUUUGUUUAUGGACCGACGACAAACAAGUGGACGAGUUUGCUACCAUCGGCUCGUAAACAACAACAGCGAUAAACAAAAUUUUAGUGUAAAUUGUAAAGAAAUUGUUCCCAACCGCCCGCGAUGGACAUGAAGGAUGAAGAAUAUCCUUCCUCAGCGGCGUUCGAGCCGGAGUGGUGCCGGAUCUGCGUGUCCGAGCCGGAGGCGAUACACGGCAUGGACGAGAUGAUAGACGCCGACCAAUCGGUAAGCCUUAACAUGAUGCUGGAGGCAAUGUUUCCCAUGUUUGCCAGUCCGGAAGGGAAAGAUUCACCCAACACCCAGCAACACUUGCCAACGAAAGCGUGCGAUAGCUGCAAGCACAAGAUCAUGAUCGCGUACGGGCUGUACCUGCUGCUGAUAGAGAGCGAAGAGCGGCUGCAGCGCUAUCUAGGGGAAGCUGCACGGUCCUGCACGGACGAUGAGAAGGCGGAACAAUCCUGUGAACCGUACGAGGUGCUGAUCGAGUGUAGCUUUGACGAUGGCGAGACAGCACUGUCGAGGGAGGAGGAACCACCCGCCUUGCGGCCGUUGGAAGCGUUGGACGGGGAAAGUGGCCCGCGGAAAAGAGGCAGACCACGAACCCGGCCACUGCCACAGACCGCCACCGUGCUCGUAGAGGAGGAAAAGCGACCGAAGCGAAUGAGUAAACAAGACCGUAUCAACGAGAGCGUCAUGGAAGAGGAGCCAAUGGUGCUGGAAGAAGAUAUCGUUCUGCUGGAUGAAUCCACGGGAGAACAAACCUCCCAACCAGUGGCAAAGAAACGGGGUCGAAAGCCCAAAGUUCGGGUAGAAAGUACCGAUCAGCUGGAUGAAUCCACCACGGAACAAGCAAUCGAACCACCGGUGGCAAAGAAACGGGGUCGAAAGCCUAAAGUUCGGGCAGAAAGCAUCGAUAAGCUGGAUGAUUCCACGGCGGAACAAAGCGUCGAACCACCGGUGGCAAAGAAACGGGGCCGGAAGCCAAAAAUUAAACCCGAACCAGCCGAAGGCGAUGAAAGCAGCACGGAGGGCAGGAAGGAACGGAAGCAAAGCGCAACGAUCAAGGUGGAAGCGGCCGAAUAUUUGUCGGAUCAGGGUGGCAGUGGCGUUGAGCUAGAGUCUAAGGUGGACGUGUACAACUGUCAGCUGUGCGAGGGGCACACGUACGGGUCGCCCACCGAGCUGACCGACCACCUGAAGGCGGAACAUCCGGACCUGAUACGCACGUGCGACAAGUGUCCGAAGGUGUUCAUGACGGAGGCGGCGUACCAGCAUCACCAGUACUGCCAUGCGACGCUGCGCUCCUACUUCUGCAUGUUCUGCGACAAGGGCUUCCAGACGGAGAAUCUGCUGAAAAGCCACACCAAGUCGCACACGGAGAUGGCCGAGUUUUUGUGCUCGCUGUGCGGGAAGAAGUUCAACAACAAGAGCAACCUGCGGCAGCAUCUGGUGCGCCACACGGGCGUGAAACCGUGGGCCUGUACGCAGUGCCCGAGCCGGUUCUGUACGAAGGGUGCAUUAAACUUACACCAGAGAACACACUCGAAGCUAAGACCGUUCAGUUGCGAUAUUUGUGGCUCACAGUUCCACACACGAUACUCCCUGAUCAAGCACCAGCUAAUCCAUACAGGUGAACGUCCGUACAGUUGCGAUCUCUGCCCGAUGAGAUUCGUCUCGACCUACCACGUGAAACGGCACAUGCUUACGCACACCGGUGAAAAGCCGUUCAAAUGCACGUACUGUGAGCGCAGCUUCGCGCAAAGCAACGACAUGGUGAAGCACAUGAAAACGCACGUGGGCGAAAACCCGUACCAGUGCGAUCGGUGUGAAGCAUCGUUCCGGCUGCUCACCGAUCUGCGCAACCACUACAAGGAGACGUGCACGCCGGUCGAUAAAGGGGCCGGUUCGUCCGCGGACGAGGGGAAAGCGAUACGGUUCACAAGCACAAGCAUUCUGAAGAUGCGAUACGAGAAAGAGAUGGGCCAGUACAGCGAGCAGCGGUACGAGGAAAGCGCUGGCCAGCGGAAGGUCAUGGCAGAGGCGACCGAGUUUCCUGCAAUGGAGUAGGGAGG